GCGCGUUGCUAUUGGACAGGCAGCUUUCGCGGGACCACUUUUAAAUCACAACAUCUCGUAUAGCCCACGCCCGUCUCUACAACACCCUUCCCCCAUUGAAGAGGAAGGGCGGGGCUAAGGACAUCCCCGACCCCUCCCCUUUUCUUACGCACCCUUCUGCUUUCGUAUCACAGGACGUAACAGUCGCUGUGGUGUAGGUGUAUGCGCAUGCGUCGAAGAUACGAGGGGCGCUGCUAUGGGAGCAAUUGUGCUGCAGAUAUCAAAGCUGCUACAAAAGGAUGCUGAGCAGGAAUAUCAGAUGAGGUCUGAAAUUCAGAAUAUGAAGCAAGAACUUGCUACCAUUAGUAUGAUGGAUGAAUUUGCCAGAUAUGCCAGAUUAGAAAGAAAGAUUAACAAGAUGACUGACAAGCUAAAGACUCAUGUGAAAACACGAACAGCUCAACUUGCUAAAAUAAAGUGGGUAAUAAAUAUUGUCUUCUACAUUUUGCAAGCUGCCUUAAUGAUCUCACUGAUUUGGAAAUAUUAUUCAGAACCAGUUACUGUGCUCCCAAGCAAAUGGCUAGCCCCAUUAGAACGUUUAGUAGCUUUUCCAACAGGAGUGGCAGGUGGUGUUGGCAUUACAUGUUGGUUGGUGGUUUGCAACAAAGUAGUGGCCAUUAUGCUUCACCCUUUCAGCUGAGAAAGAAUUCUAAUUUCAGCCAUUUAGCUUCUUGUCCAUUACCACAAUUAAAAAUACUCAUCUGUUUCUUAUGAUGGUUUGACAUGUCUUGCACCAACUGGUCUUAAUGUAAUAUCCUGUGAGAAGAUGGGCAAGGCUAAGGGUAGAAUAAAUUAUUUUGUUGUAACUUUUAAUAUUUAUGUUUUAUAGGUAACCUUCAAGUUUCUCACUGAUUGCUUUUAGACUUCAAUCAGUGGCCUACAAAUGUACUUAUGUUCUAUUAAAAUCCAAUGUGUUUAUUGCA